UUCGUGGGAAACACAUGUACAAUGAGCAUCCUUCCCGUUCACGCUGCUCUUUCUGCCACUGUGCCGAAUUUCUUUAAAACUUGUCUGCUUUUUAUCAGAGACGACGGAACAGCGCAGGUGAGCGUGGCUGCCUACAAGCACAGAAGAAGAAGUUAAAUACGGAUUUUUUGUAUGGACGACAAGAGCGGCACUCAGUCGGACAGCUGUAUUCGGAUCGGUUAAAUUUCCCCGUGGCUUCGCACAAUGGACAGCACAGCUUCUCUAGUAGUCAUCUAUAAAAUAAAAGACCAACAUGUUGUCUCUGGCAGAUAAACAUUGUCAUCAAAUAACCUCUUUAUCAUAUUAGAGAAGUUUAUUUGUUAUGGUUUGGCGCUGCUGAGUAUUCCGGUAAAAGGAGAUCACUCCGCGUGGAGAGAAGUGAGUUGUAAAAAGGCUUACGAUAUCGGGACGGAGUAUUAACACUGUAUAUUUCAGCUGUUCACUGUCGAUGCAGUUUUUUUGGAGGACAAUAUAAGAAAGUAGCAAGUUCUUCCAGGAAAGGAGAUGACUUCCAGCGCUGUCCUCCUGCUCUUCAUCCUCUCUCUCACAAGCAGCAGGGCGGAGAAUGCAGAGGAGCGGCUGGUGAACUACCUGUUGAGUCCGGAGCGCUACAACAAACUGAUCAGACCGGCCAUCAAUAAAACGCAGCAGGUCACCAUCUCCAUACAGGUGUCUCUGGCGCAGCUCAUCAGUAUCAAUGAAAGAGAACAGAUCAUGACGACCAACUUGUGGCUGUUUCAGGAGUGGAAUGAUUAUAGGCUAAGAUGGGACCCAGAGAAGUACGAAGGCAUCAAGAAACUGAGAAUACCAUCCAAACACAUCUGGCUUCCGGAUAUAGUGCUUUACAACAAUGUUGACGGUGUGUACGAAGUGUCCUUCUAUUGCAACGCUGUGGUCUCCAACACAGGAGACAUCUUCUGGCUUCCGCCCGCCAUCUACAAGUCGGCCUGCGCCAUCGAGGUGCAGAACUUCCCCUUCGACCAGCAGAACUGCACUCUCAAGUUCCGCUCGUGGACCUACGACCACACGGAGCUGGACCUGAGCCUCACGAGCGACUUCGCCAGCCGGGACGACUUCACGCCAAGCGGGGAGUGGGACAUUGUCUCGCUCCCCGCGCGCAAAAACGAGGAUCCCAAUGACAUCACCUACCUGGAUAUAACCUAUGAUUUUGUGAUCAAGAGGAAGCCGCUGUUUUACACCAUUAAUCUGAUCAUCCCGUGUGUGCUGAUCACGUCUCUGGCUAUCCUGGUGUUCUACCUGCCGUCAGAUUGUAGGGAGAAGAACACGCUGUGCAUCUCAGUGCUACUGGCCCUCACUGUGUUCUUGCUGCUGAUAUCAAAGAUAGUGCCACCCACCUCUCUUGCAGUGCCACUCAUAGGUAAAUACUUGAUGUUCACCAUGGUGCUGGUCACUUUCUCUAUUGUGACCACCGUCUGUAACCUCAAUGUGCAUCACCGCUCCCCAUCAACCCACCACAUGCCAGAGUGGGUCAAACAUUUCUUCUUAAUCCGCCUCCCCGACAUCCUCUUCAUGAGGCGCCCAGGCUCUUCCAACAAAUUUGAUAAACUUCGCAAGAAGUACGCCACCAACCAGACUACCGUCGGGAAAACCAAUUCCCAAAGCAGCACAGGCAAGAGGCAGUAUUCCAACGUCAGACUUGGAGGGGUUCGAACAGAUGCCAACUCUUUCUACGUGAAUGAGGACUUGGCAAACAAGUUUUGCUGGAAGGUGGACGACGUCCCAGAUGGGAGUGGGUUUUCAGACUUCCAGAAGCCCUUGGCUUCUCAGUGGGAUGCAGAUGUGGAGGAGGCAGUGGAUGGAGUGAGAUACAUCGCCGAACACAUGAGGACAGAAGACGACGAUGACAGGAUCAUACAAGACUGGAAGUACGUAGCCAUGGUGAUUGACCGUCUGUUCCUGUGGAUCUUUAUCCUGGUGUGUUUGACGGGAACGCUGGGGAUCUUCAUGCAGCCGCUGUUCCAAGGCCACAAACCCAACUCUGAUGACACAGAGUAUGGAGAUUUCUAGGACGUUUGGAGAUGAACUAUAACAACUUGAACUGAGAAGCUGCACCAGGUCUAGCUCUGAUCUGUUUUUUGCUGCUUGGAUCCGACACAUUGCAGGCAGUUGGUUGUUUCUGAAACAGUGGACCUCAAACAAACCGAAUGAUACAGGGACACUUUUAUUUUUUUUACUGCAUGGCUUUUAUUUCUGACCAACUAUGCAUCCAUCCAAACGCUGCCAUCACCCCAGGCAUGGCAAUAUUUUAUUGACACUCUUCUAAAACCUAAAAAAGUAUUCUGACAAGAUUAUAAUAUUGUCAUUUAGCCGAGAUUGCUCCCCAUGCCAUUUUUGAAACUACCUACAAGACAAGUACGGUCUAUUUUUCCCAGCUCUGAUUUUUCCCAAUGUAAAGAAAAACUACAAAGCCAAUGUAAAAUGCUGUUAAUUUGUCUGUGUUUCAUUUUGACUAGUGUGCUGCUGAGGGAACAGUUGGAGCUCUUUACAGACAUACAGAGGGUCAUUACACAUUACAGCUCCUAUACGACCAUGAGGUCUGUUCUCCCUUGCAGCUCUGUCGAUGUGAAAAUCAGACAAUAAAAGACUUAACACAAAUUGUUGGCACAUUAAAGUGGAUCCAAAUGUCCUUUUCUUAAACCAAGCUUUAUUGCUAAAACUCCACCCAAAUAUCCACCUUUUCUCGUCAUAUUAUCUCUCGCUCUGUUCUUCCCAUGUUCUGCUUUAGAGCCUCAUCUGCACCAGCCACCUCCAAGGAGGGUCGUAAUCAUUGUCCUAUUUUAAAUAAUGUGCAUUCUCUUCUUGCUUUCUCUUUCCGUCUUUCACUUGCUUGGUUAUAUAAUCACACAUGUAGCUGUACAAGGCUACAUACAUUAUCAUGAAAAAAAUGACACUGACUGUAUUGAAAUACAUGUUAAAUAAAUGACUCUUUAUUUUA